AUGAUAGAAUUAUUUCUUACUGCUAAUAAAAAGAAGAGGAAAAGGAAGUAUGUUAUUUUAUUUCUCUAUAUUGUUUUAUGUUCCGUUAUACAAAUUUGCAUGACAUAUAAGAUAAGAAGAAAAAACAUAUCACACAAUUUAAUAAAUUACAUAGAUAAGAACAAUUUGUUAUCAUAUAAUAUAAAUAGAAAAAAGAAAAGAAGGAAAGAAUACUUUAUAAAUGUUACUAAAAGGAAUUUACAAAAAUUAUGGAGGGAGAAAAAAAAGAAUUUCUCAUUAUAUCAUAAUAAUAAUAAUUCUGGAGAAUAUAUUUGUAUAAAAAAUGAGAAUAAAAAAAUGAUAAAUACAAUAAAAGAGUGUGUCGAUAACCUGUUAUUUAUUAACCGUUACUUAGUUGAAGAAAUGUUAGAAGAUGAUAAGAAUAAAAAAUAUGAAGACACAAAUAGAGAAAAUAAUAAUAUAAAUGUAGAUGUAACAACAAAUAACCUUUUGUCAAAGGAUAAUUAUUUUAUUGAUAAAAAAAAAAAAAAUAUAAUUAAUAGUUAUAUUGAAGAAAUGGAUAAAUUUCUAGAAACAUAUGAUUUCAAUAUAAACAAAGAAGAAAUAUUGAAUUAUGAAAAGUAUAUAUUAAAUGUUAUUCUUAAUAAUACAGUUAUAAUAAAUAAUAAUAAUGUUUGUCAAAAGAAUUAUAUGGAUAAGGUUAUUUUUAAUUAUAUUAAUUUGAUUCUCUUAAAUAAGGCAUAUAGGAUGGAGGACACAGGUGGUACUACACAUCAUGUGGAAAAUAUAGAUAAUAAAAAUAAUAUUUGCGAUAAAGAUAAUAAUAAAAAUAAUUAUAAUAAUUACAAUAAUGACAAUAGUGACAGUAAUUACAAUAAAGAUGUAAUAACAUCUAAUGUUUCAAAUAAGACAUAUAAUAUGCAACAUAUCUGUAAGAAAUUAGUAAUGAUUAAAAAGGCUGUGAUAUAUUUGAUGAAAAAGUAUAAUAUAAAAAUAGAUGAGUUAUAUAUAGAUCCAACAUCUCAUGAUAUAAAAAUAAAAAGAAAUAUUUUUGAAGAUAAUAUAGAAAAAAAAAGUGACUGGAAAUUAAUAUUUUUAGGUACUGGAUCUAUGUACCCAUCAACUAGUAGAGGCACAUCAUCAUUUAUUUUUCAAACAAUAAAAAAAAAAUGUAAUGAAGCUUUUUUGUUUGAUUGUGGAGAAAAUACAUUUAUAGCAUUACAAAAGGCUAAUAUUAAAGUUAGUAAAAUAAAAAAUAUUUUUAUUACUCAUUUGCAUGGAGAUCAUUGUUUAGGAUUAAUUUCUGUGUUAACCAUGUUGAGAAAUAUGAAUACAAUAAAUAUAUAUGGUCCAGAAGGAUUAUAUAGAUUUUUAAAAAAUAAUUUUAGUUGUACGUAUUCUAAAAGAAUAGCUAAAUUCUGUGUUUACGAAUUGAAAGAUGGAAACAUAACAAAUGUUUCUAAUCAAAAAAGUGUAAAUAAUAACAACAGUUCUUAUAAUUUUAAUAAUAGUAAAAAUAAACGGAAUUUAGAGUAUAUAUAUAAAAAUGAACAGAAUUAUUAUCCUAUAUUAAAAAAUGACUAUAUCGAAAUAACUGCUUUCCCUAUUAAACACACAAUACCAACUGUAGGAUAUAUAAUAAAAGAAAUAAAUGUAGAAAAUAAAUUUAAUGCUAAUUAUAUUGAUUCACUUAUAAAAAAAAAUUAUGAUGAAUUAAAAAAAUGUGAAAAUUUAGAUUAUGUACCUUAUAAAAUAUAUGAAAAUAUCAUAAGGAAAAUGAAUUAUAAUGAUGUAAUAAUAUUUCCUGAUCAAACAAAACUUACUUUUUAUAAAGCAUAUAAAGAAAUAUAUAAAGAAAGAAAAAUAGUUGUAUGUCAAGAUACAUAUGAUGCAUCGAAUUUAGAAGAGCAUGCAAAGGAUGCUGAUGUUUUAAUACAUGAAUCUACUAAUAGUCUUAUCGAUUUAACACAUGAUUUACAAGCUGGAAAUGGAUUAUAUGAAGAUAUACCUACCAUGGAUAUGUUGUCAAAAAAUAGGAAUCACAAUGUUCAACAUUUAAAUAAAAAAGGUGACAUAAAAGAUGCAGGUGGUGAUACAAAAGAUGCAGGUGGUGAUACAAAAGAUGCAGAUGGUGACAUAAAAGAUGCAGAUGGUGACAUAAAAGAUACAGGUGGUGAUACAAAAGAUACAUGUGGUGAUAUAAAAGAUACAGGUGGUGAUACAAAGGACGAUACACAUGAUGAUACAAAAGAAGAUACACAUGAUAAUAUUCAAGUAAAUACAUGUGGUGAUACUCAAGUACAUACGUGUGACGAGGGGAACCAUUGUGAUAUUGAGAAAACACAUGAAAACACAACAUAUAUAAGCCACAAAUCAAAUUUCCUUUUUACAAAAAAUACAAAUAAUGAUGAACUCAUGAAAAGCUAUAACAAAAUAAUUUCUGAACGAGGACAUUCCACAGCUAAUAUGGCUGGAGAUUUUGCUAGAAAAAUUAAUGCGAGGAAAUUAAUUUUAACUCAUUUUUCACAAAGAUAUAUUGGAGAUAACAAAUUAAAAAAUAUCCUUGUCAUGAAAAAGAUAGAAAAAGAAGCAAUGCUUUCUUUUUUAUCAGGUGAUCCAAAAGAAGAGAUAAAUGAUAAGAAUGAUGAUAUAAAUAGAGAUGAUUAUACAAAUAAUAGUAACAAUAUAAAUAACAUUUAUCAAAAUGUUGAUAAUACUGAUCUACAUAAUGUAAAUGAAAAACAUGGUAUUACAAUUAAUAAACAUAUUAAUAUAAAUAAAAGUAAUAAUCAAAUAGUUAAAAACAAGAAAGAUAAAUUUUCUUAUGAUAAAGAAGUAAUUGCUGCAUAUGAUGGAUUAAUAGUACAUAUCCCUCCACAACGAAAACAAUGA